CCGUGCCCUGCCCGUGCCCUGCCCGUGCCCUGCCCCUGCAUCGCUGGCCAUGGACACCCAGGGCCCCGCGGGGCCGAGCAGAGGGCACUCCAUGGAUGACGACCGUCCCCUCUUCAUCACCUUCAAGCCCUUUGGUGAGGACAGCACAGCCAGAGCCAAGGCAGCACCCAGCACAGCCCCCAGCCAGCCCCAGGGGGCAGAGCAGUCGCCGGGACACCACAGCAGGCAUGGCAGGGUGCCUCCAGGCUUCUGGUCACCUCCACCAGCCCAGUCCCUGCCUGAGGGGGACCCGUGGCCAGAGCGGGUGGCCCUGCGUGCCCUCACCAGGCUGUGGUUUGAGCGGACACAAGCCCAGAGGUUGGGGCCCGAGGGGGAGCUCCCCUCGUGGUUCCACGGCUUCAUCAGCCGGAGGGAGGCAGAGGAGCUGCUGCAGGAUCAGCCCCUGGGCUGCUUCCUGGUCCGCUUCAGCGAGAGCACCGUGGGCUUCGUCCUCUCCUACAGGGGCAGGGAUCGCUGCCGGCACUUUGUCCUGGACCAGCUGCCGGACGGGCGCUACGUGAUCCUGGGGGAGCGCAGCGCCCACGCCGAGCUGGCCGAGCUGCUGCAGCACCACGCCACGGCCCCCGUCGCGCCGUACCGCGAGUUCCUCACCGUGCCCCUGCCGUGCGGACGGAAAGACGAGCCCCGAGGACGGACACAGCCCCCGGCUGGCAGCGAUGCUGCGCAUUCCCCACCGAGCCAAGCACCGGCGAAGCUCCCGGAGUGCAGCCCCGUGUCCCUGCAGUCCCCCAGAGUCGAGGGCGGCUCCGCCAGGGAGGCUCCCGGUGCCCCGCCGCCGUCGCUCCCUGCCAAGAGCAGCUCCCGGGGCGCGGCUCGGGGGCUGCGCAGCCCCUCCAGCAGCGCGGCAGCACCCGAGGCCUCCUAUGCCCAGGUGCACAGAGAAUCCGCCCGCCCCGAGCCCCCCGAGGCCAAGUACCAGCAGCUCGUGUGUUUCCACGUCUACGCCGAGCCCCGCGAGGAGAUCGCCCCCAGCCCCUCCAGCCGCUGCAAGCCCCGGGAGCCCAGCCCCGAGGGAGCCAGCCCCGAGGGACCCAUCCCCUUCUAUGCCAUGGCCCGCGGCUGGAGCCCCCGCGCCGGCCCCGAGGAGAACGUCUACUCCGAGGUGGCGGUGGCCCGGCAGGACGCGCCUGCUCGGCUCCCCACGGCACCCCAAAACGCCUUCUCCACGCUGCCCCCCAAAGGCCGGCCCCACCGCCGCCUCUUCCGCAGUGUUUCCAGCCAGGACUGCAAGAGGAGGCAGCUCUCAGCAGCUCCCAGCACGGAGGGGAAGGACACAGGAGCUUCCAGCACAGGCACACAGGUGGUCGUGAACCCUGAGCUGGAUGACCCCGUGUACGGCCGGAGCGCGCCCAGGCACCCGCCCGUGGCUGAGAACGUGUACGAGCAGCUGCCCGGGGACUGCCCCUGAGCACAGCUGGGCUCAGGACAGCUCCUGGCUCCCAGGCAGGAGGAACCUCAGCCUCCAUCUCACUGCACGAAGCCCUUGGCCCUGGGAGGAGAGGUCCAAGGCUGCUGUUGGCCCCAGCUGGUGAUGCCAAUCUGCUCCACGGGGAGCUCUUCCAGCUUCCCAGCCCUGCUGGGCAGCGCAGGGGGAGCAGGGUUACCUCACCCAUGAACACAUUCCAAGAGACUUCUGUUAAUAAAACGAGGGGAAAGGGCUGUUACAGGAAGAACAGGGAUGAGUUUGGCACAGCUGGGGCAUGCAGUUGGAUAUUAAACUGGCCAGAAACUGGAGUGAUGCUAUAACUGAACCUCCCCAGCCUGGAGCCAACACUCCAAGCCCUGCCUGCUUGCUCAGGCACAAAACCUGGGGUGACACCACUGUCCCAGGGCUGUCCUGUGGGGCACAAACCUGGGCAAGCCACAGUGGACCUGGCAGUGCCAGUGGUGCUCCCAGGCCAACAGAACAGGGAGCCAGGAUGGCCAAAACCCUGGCUUGGAGGGAAAAGGAGGGUUGGGGGACUGUAGCUGUUUUAUCUCUGGGAAAAUGCACUUCUGACUGUUCACAAACCUGAAUUUUGUUGCUUUUAGAGGGCUGAAAGUGGAACAGAAGCCCUUGGAAGUUCCCCUGGUGCUAAACCCAAGCCAUUAUCCCAAUGAGAAAUGGAAAGGGGAACCUGGGAGUUCCAGCCCCCACACAGGCUGAGCUCCACGCUGCAAACUCCCCAGGCCAAGAGGGUACCUGGGGGAGGAUCUGAGCCCCAUGUGAUGGAAACUGGGCUGGG